AUCCACUAUUCCUCUCCCCCCCCCCCCCAUUUCAUCUCUCUCUCUCUCUCCUUCUCUCCUCCUUAAUUCGAUCUGUGAACUCGCCGGAGGAAGGAACGCUAAAGCAAAAGGAGAGAGAUUCAAUAAAAGACCGAUGGCGCAGAGAACGGAGAAGGAAGAGACGGAGUUCAAAGUACUAGAAACCUUGACGACGACGACGACACCAACAACAACGGCGGCGACGCUUUGUACCAAUAACUGCGGCGUUACAGCGAAUCCAGCGACUAACAACAUGUGUCAGAAAUGUUUCAACGCUUCCCUCGUCUCCGCGACCGCUAGUGUUGUCGUUGAUUCCGGUUCUUCGGUCUUGAAGAGAUCAGCUAGAUCCGUUAACCUCAGGUCGUCGCCAGCUAAAGUCGUGAUUCGUCCACGAGAGAUCGAUGCAGUUAAGAGAGAUCAACAGAUCGUUAACCGAUGUUCCGGUUGUCGGAAGAAGGUCGGGUUGACCGGAUUCAGGUGUCGUUGCGGUGACCUUUUCUGCUCCGAACACCGUUACUCCGAUCGUCAUGAUUGUAUAUAUCGUAUUGAUUUGCUAUAUUCACACAACUCUUAA